ACACUUCCGGAAGAUCAAGGACAUUAACUCUGAAAAUUCCGAGCAAUGGGAAAUCGCAAGGAAAGUGGGGAUAUUCACAGAUCAAGUAAAUGAAAACGCUAACGAAACUGUAAAGGUAUAACAUAAUGAAGAAUAUACAUGUACACAUUCCUGUUAAAUAUACAAAUGGAGUUGAAAAUGGAAAAACAUUGGAACAGAUUGAUGCAGAAAUUGCCAGCCAUACUAUGCCAAAUCUCCCUUCAACAGACGACAUUUCAUUUGAAGAAAAGUCAGAUAUUGUAGAAGAAAUAGUAGUAAAGAAAAGUUUUUGUGAAAAAUGGAGGACAGAUAAGGUAUACAGGGCAAAGUUCCUGCAUACACUCUGUCUUUUCUGGUCUUUUGUAAAUCUGGGAUGGAUAAUAGGACAGUUUGGGCCUUCGUUUCUUGACCUCCAGAUAAUUACUAGAACUCGUUUGGAGGAAGGCUCAGCCUUUAUGACCGCUCACUCAGUUGGAUAUUUAGUUGGUUCUCUAGCCAGUGGUAUUUUAUUUGACAGAUUUAACAAAAUACUGCUGAUUUUCACUGCCGUGUUUGGAAAUGCUGUAACAGUAGCAAUAAUACCUUGGUGUUCGAGGUAUGAGUUGAUGAUUUUCAUACAUUUGAUAAAAGGAGUGUUUAGUGGAAGUCUUGAUGCAGUUGGAAAUGCAGAGUUAGUUUACAUAUGGGGAGAUACCGGAAGAUCUUUCAUGCAGACAUUACAUUUUUGUUUUGCUUUUGGUGGGAUUCUAUCACCUCUGGCAACAGCUCCAUUCCUUGCUCCAAAGAGAGAACCAAGAGUUAUCACCUCUGUCUCUAACAUGUCUGAUAAUGUCGUGAACAGCAGUCUUUCUCCAUUCAAUAUUGUUAAAACUAGUGCUAUUGACAAUGCUUUGAACGAUGUUAAUUAUACAAACAGUGCCUACAGUAGUCCAUUAUCAUAUAGAAAUGGAUAUUCUAACAUAUCAUUAUAUUUAAAUGAAACAUUGUCAAAAACAAUAGAGGAAGUAGAAUGGGUAAAGCCACAGAAUUCCAUGAUUUAUGUGGCCUAUUUUAUCUCUUCUGGUUUAGCAUUAUCUGCAGCACUGCCAUUUUUGGUCACAUACUGCCGUUCUAAGAAAAACAAUUUUUCACCAUGCUUUCAGAAGCCUGCAAACAAAAAUGAAAGAGAAAUGACAAGCAUGUCAAGAUUCAUGAUGCUGCUAAAUAUGUGCCUGUUGAUAGGAACAUACAGUGCAAUUGAAGACACUUUUGCAGGAUUCCUAACAACUUUUUGUGUAGAACAGAUGGACUGGACAAAAACACAAGGGUCAUUUGCUACAUCUAUAUACUGGGCGUCAUUUGGUUUUGGCCGAUUUAUUGGAAUAUUACUUGUUAAGUUUUGUAGUCCUGUUAGGAUGAUAACUAUGUACUGCUCUUUGUUAAUUGUCUCAUUUAUUGGAUUAUUUUUUACAUCAUUUGCAUUUUACCAUGGUGGAAUAUGGAUUUGUUCAUCAUUAGCUGGACUUGCCAUGUCUAUUAUUUUUCCAACAAUAUUUACAUGGACAGAAGCUGAAGUUCUGAGAGUCACUGGUAAAGUUGCCUCCCUUUUUCUAAUCGGUUCUUCAAGUGGAACGAUGGUAAAUCCAAUUAUUUUAGGAUUUCUUAUGGAUGAACUGACUCCCAUGUGGUUUUGUUAUUUGUUGUUAGGUGAGAGUGUGAUGUUGUUUAUAUUAUUUAUAUCAGCAUUAUUAUUAUCUAAAUAUAUCAAGAAUGCUCAGUAUACUGCCUAUCGUGAUGUUGUCGUAGAGAUCAAAUGUGAUGAGGAGGAACCAGCAGAUGUGGCAAGUCUACUAGAUGAAGAACUUGACCUUGAAGAUAGGACAAAUUGUCAAAAUGAAAUAACAGAAACUAAUUUAGUUGGCAUUGCUUUUGCUGAUGAAGAAGAAAAAAAGAAAAGUUAUGAACAACUCAAUAAUAAUGACACUUCAUGUUAAAGAUCUGUUUGUUUUUUUUGGGAGCAAAGAUCUGUCUGUAAGCAGCAUUUUUUUUUUCUUCUUUCACCGCUUAUUUUGUGGUGUUUUAUGCAAGGUUGUCUUUUUUACCAGUUUGUUGAUGUCUUCCAUAGUGAUAGAAAUUUUAUUUUUGACUUAUAUUUCUAAUGUUAUAUACAUAUCACCAACAAAUUUGUAGAAUUUAUGUCAGUGGAUUUUUUUAAUUCUUUUAUAUGAAUAUAAUAUACAUGUACAUUGUCUCUCUUCCAGCAUUCCAGCCUUCUGGUAUAAGUGUAAAAUCGUUAUGUUGUAUAACCAUGUAAAUUUACUGUAAAAUCAGAAAUGAUUGCAUUCAUUUAAUAUUGUGAUUGCUAAUUAAUAAGCAACAAACAAAAAAAGGUGAGAUUAAUUAAUGUGAUUUCAGUGCACUCAGAUUUAAAAUAUGUUAAAUAAUUAAUAGGAUACUUAUUCAACUGAAAUCUUUUGCAAUUAUAUGAACAUUGCAAAAAUUACAGAAUUUACAUUGAUUUAUAUUUGUAUGUUAUGCUUUUUGUCAUGUAUGAAGUGAGAAAACUUGAUAAGAAAGUGAAGUUUUCAUGAAGGAAAAUUGGAAAGACAGUAAAAGUAGAUGUAAAAAUGAGUGAUUAAUUCCAUUAUUCUCCUUUCAUCAAAAUGUUCAUCUGAAUAAUUGUGCUGAUAAAUUAUCAAAUAUUUUUUAGACAAAACUUUUAUAGGAAAUAGUCCCAAUUAUGAUAAAUUUUUAUUAUAUUAAUACACUUUUGAUUUGGAGAAAAAUUCUAUUGAAACUAAUAUUUGAAUCUAGGUAACUUUAAUUGAUGGAAUUGUUAUGUUUUUUGAUCCUCCUCCAGAAUUCUAUUAGCCAUAAGGAUGUGUUCUUUAGUUUCUUAAGUUUGUGUUACAGUAUAGGUACAUAUACAAUGUAUACAUACCAUGUCUACCUCUAUGUUAAAUAUGCCAAUGGUGUUUUUGACAACAAUAUAUUGAGCACAAGAGAAUGAGGAAAACUAUAUUUUCUAAAUACAUUUGUACAAAUAAGUUAUCUCUUAUUUUCUUUUUAUUGUUGUCCCAACUUAGAUUUUCCUUGGCAAAGGGAGAUAACAGUAUUAUCUUGAGACCUAUCCCAUUGAUGUACCUGUUUAGACAGUAAUUUGCUAAACUGUUUAGAGUUACUGUGGAUUCAUAAUUAUUCGUUGGAUACCAGUUUUUGUGGAUUUCGUGGGUACAGGUGAACCACGAAAUUAAAUGUUCAACGGAUAACAAAUUUUCUAUAGGCUUGUAUAAAGACUUCGGCAAAACCAUGAAAUUAAAUAUCCACAAACAUGUACGUUUUCCUUAAUCCCCGAAAAUUGGUACCUAUGAAAAUAAAUGAAUCCAUUCAUAUGAGGGUAUUUUGUAAGAAUCUCUAGAUGGCCUGACUCUAAGAGAUGUUCAACUUAAACUUACAUGCCUGUUUGAGGUGGUAAUUUGAUAGAAAUUUUUAUAAGAAGUAUGGACGAACCUGUUUACAGAGGCACAUUUAGGGGAGAGGGGGGGGGGGG